UAGCCUUACUUUUCUACUUGGUCACACUGUCACAUUCACACCCACAUUCAAGAAAUAAAGAAAAUAAACAUUUUAAGAUAUAAAAAUGAGUGGUGCUCACAGAGAGGCGAUUCAGAAGCAGAUUCAUCAGGAUUGGGCGAAUAGGGAAUACAUUGAAGUCAUAACAGCCAGCAUUAAACGUAUUACGGACUUUUUAAACUCAUUUGGUAUGAGGGCGGUACGCAACUCACAAUCCCAAACCCGACAUUUGACAUCAAAAAACCAUUCCAUCGAUUGUGAGCAAGGACAGGAAUCGUCUUAAAAGUUCCAUAGAUUUUCAUGAUGCUUAAAUCAAUCAACUAGAUAAAUCUUUCCUUCACAGUAGCGAGAGCCGUAUCAACCAGAUAAAUUAAGUAAUCAGUUCAGCAUUGAUCUUCUGGUGUGAAGUUUGUAGACUCAUCUUGACUUUUGGAUUCAAAAAUGCACUUAUUGGACAUCAGGAUCUUUUAUAUCGGAGUCUAAAAUCUCCAUCAGAGCUUAAUAAACUUCUUUCGCUUGAUA